AAUAAGAAGAAAGACGAAACAAUCUCCUAAUUCCCACGGUUUCGUACUACUCGCAGCCACAACACAGCCAAAGAAAGAAGAAAAAUGGCGUCGAAUGCGGCGGUGCCGUUCUGGCGUGCAGCCGGCAUGACUUACAUCACCUACUCCAACAUAUGCGCCAACCUCGUGAGGAACUGCUUGAAGGAACCUUACAAGACGGAAGCCCUUACUCGUGAGAAAGUCCAUUUCUCCAUCUCCAAGUGGACCGAUGGCAAGCCUGAAAAGCCCACUCUCCGCUCAGAUUCGCCUGAAGAAUGAGUUGCAAGUUUGGUCAUCAAAGUAUUGAGACAGGAAGGAUUUUAUCUUUUUUAUCUUUCUUUUUUUGUAUUUUUCUGUAAUGUCUGAUCAGAUUUCAGGCUGAGUAGAUGUUGCACAUCAUAAUAAUAAUGCACUUUUGGAAUUGAUAUGAUUAACAUUGACCCUUCAUGGGUUAUCUGCAUCUCAAGUGUUGUUGCCAAGCACUAUUUUAAGCUGCACCUUCCAAAACAUUGUCUCGUUUUAGUGGAGUGGUUUGAUUGUGCC